UAUUAUUAUUAUCAUUUUCGUGUAUUUUAAACGUAAGUUUCCAUGUAAACCAGAGUUUUCAAACUGAGUUGUCUCAUUUCAUCGCGUUUGGAGAAGAGAAGCCAAAAUCGAUUAAAAUCAUGGAUCCAUUACUGUUGCAACAGCAGUUGAAAAACAACAAUCAAGAUUUUCUUGAUUUUUAUAAAGAUUUACAAUCAUGGGGAAAAGAAAUGGAAAAGAAGGAACAAGAGCGAAAACCACAAAAACAGGAACAGUCCUACAAAAUGGAACCGAAAAUAAAAGAAAUCAAGCAACAUAAAGUCGAAGAAAUUAAUAAGGGACAGAAAGAGAUACUAAAUGUCAAAAAAGUAGUAAAGAAAAAAUGUAUGUCCUAUGCAGACUGGGACAAAUUCGAUGUAGAUAAAGAGUGUGAGAAGGUUGAUGAAGAUUCUGCUUCCAGUACGGAAUCAUUAGUCGAAGACCUCAAAGAACAAGCAAAUAUCGAAAAAGCACAGGGUAACAAAUUUGUCAAAAGUGCCAAAUGGGAUGAUGCAAUUAGGAGUUAUACAAAUGCCAUUAAAUAUUAUGCUUACGAUCCAAUAUUUUAUGCUAAUAGGGCUUUAUGUUUUCUGAAAACUGAAAGAAUGGAAAAAGCUGAACAGGAUUGUAAUAUUGCUAUAAAAUUAGAUAACACUUAUGUCAAAGCUUAUCAAAGAAGAUCUGCUGCUAGAGAGGCACUGAAUAAGUUGGAAGAUGCUAGAUUAGAUCUUCUGAGAGUAUUAGAGCUGGAGCCCAAAAAUUCUGAGUCCAGGAAGAAAUUGGAAGAAUUAGUGCAGAAGAUUAAAGACGGACCACAAAAACCAAUUUCAAAGUUUUGCCAAUCUAGACAACAUUUGAGAAGUCGAUCAUCAGAAAUACAAAAUGAAGAGAUUUCACGAAAAAUAAACUCCAUAAAAACUGAUAUCGAUACAAAUAAACCAAAAUGUAUAUGGCCGAGUGGGGAUGUUGAUAACAUAGUUAAGGCUGUUCAGAAACCCCCCCAUAUGAGAUCUACAAAGCCUCUCAAAAGGAUUCCAAUUCAAGAAAUAAACAGUGCAAUAACAGAAUCAUCUGAUCUUCCAGAAAGGAAUGAAAAUCCAAAGAAAUUCUCCUUAAAAACGGAUGAUAUAAAGAUUGUAGAACAUAAAAAUAAUCAAAGUUCCCAAAUAAAGCAGGUUGAUGAAGAUGUAACUAAGCAAGAAAAGGUGGUAGAAGAUGUAACUAAGCAAGAAAUGGUGGUAGAUGAUGAACCGCAACUAACGGCUCCAAAAACUUCAGUACAGUUUCAUGCAACUUGGAAAAAACUCAGAGGGCGUGAUGAUAAAAGGGGCGAAUAUCUGAGACUAGUUAAUCCCAAAAAAAUACCUGAUCUUUUCAAAGAUUCAUUGGAGAGCGAUGUAUUCAGUGAAAUAUUGUAUGUUCUUGCUGAACACUUAGCCAAGGAAAAGGAUGAAACUUAUGAGUAUUUACUACAUUUGUCUAAAAUCAAAAGGUUUAGUGCUCUUUCCAUGUUUCUCACAUUGAAUGAUAAAAAUAGUCUUUGGAAGAUGUUCAAUCACAUGAAAGAAUAUGAGGGUAGAUCUAAAGAAGAAAUUGAUAAUUUAAUUUCAAAAUAUGAAUUGUAAUAUUUCUGUAUUACUUAUAUCAACCAGUAAUUUAUCUUUAAUAUGAGUUAUGUUACUCACAAUUGUUGUUAAUA